AUGGACAAGAAGGCUGAGGACCAAAUGGAUGCUUCCAGCAAGGCUGACAGGGAAGCUCAGUGGGUGGGUGACACAUACGAUGAGAACAAAGGAAAUUACAAGUUCUGCAAGUCCAUCUUCCUUCAGGUCACCAUCUUGGAGGCACUUUGUGUUUACGGCUGUCUGGCUGGAGCAGUGGUGGUGAACCUUUUAGAGCUUUCUGUGAUAGCAAGCAGCUGGCCGCAGCAUGCAUUCCACGGUUUCACCAUCACUGCAUCAGAGCAAAGUGGAAUGUGCUUCUCCUUCUGCCACUCCUGCCUGAGGCUCUCAGAUGCAGCUAAUGGCAACUUCAAGAGUAGCUGUGAAAGCCAUCCCUCCCCCUACCAGCAUCCUCUCAGGCCCAGCCUCAUCACCACUUCUCAGCUCCAGUCAUUUCCUGGGGAAGGCUUCCCUGCCAUGCAGAUGACUACAGGGAAGGCUUCUGGUGUCUGGAAUUUAACAGAAGCACAGAAUGGAUCAGAAUUGGAGGCUAGGACUCAGUCAAAAAUCAAGUAUGACUGGUAUCAAACAGAAUCUCAAGUAAUUAUGACACUUAUGAUUAAGAAUGUUCAGAAGAAUGAUGUAAAUGUGGAAUUUUCAGAAAAAGAGUUAUUUGCUUUGGUGAAACUUUCUUCUGGAGAAGAUUACAAUUUGAAACCGAGACUGCUUCAUCCUAUAAUACCAGAACAGAGCACAUUUAGAGAACUUUCAAAAAAGAUUGAAAUUAAAAUGAAAAAGCCAGAGGCUGUGAGAUGGGAAAAACUAGAGGGGCAAGGAGAUGUGCCUACGUCCAAACAGUUCAUAGCAGAUGUAAAGAACUUAUAUCCGUCAUCAUCUCAUUAUACAAGAAAUUGGGAUAAGUUGGUUGGUGAGAUCAAAGAAGAAGAAAAGAAUGAGAAAUCAGAGGGAGAUGCAGCUUUAAACAAGUUAUUUCAGCAGAUCUAUUCAGAUGGCUUUGAUGAAGUCAAACGUGCCAUGAACAAAUCAUUUAUGGAAUCUGGUGGUACAGUUUUGAGUACCAACUGGUCUGAUGUCAGUAAAAGGAAAGUUGAAAUCAAUCCUGCUGAUGAUAUGGAAUGGGAAAAAUACUAAAUAAAUUAAUUUGCUAUCACUGUAAAAAAAAAA